UCCCCCCCGUUCAAUGGUCGCUUCCAAAGUCGUCAAUCCAAGAUGGCGGCGGCAGCGAGUGAGGCCGUUGCGAACGGCGGUAACCGGCUGCAAUUUGACCUGAGUGUGCCUUUUCCCUCAGUGCUGGAGGCACAGAUCGCUCUCGGAUCGCUCAUGCCAGACUCUGAGCCACGCAAAGGGGGAAUCAGCAAAGCGCUGUCUCUGCGGGGCUCCGAGCUCCGGGUCCACUGGGAGGCGGAGGAGGCUCGCAUCCUUCGUGUAUCUGUCAGCUCCUUCCUCGAUCACCUGGCACUCGUCCUGCAGACCAUGGACAGAUUUGGGCCCCCCCUCUCCGGGUAGAGGCAGGACGGCGGUGGAUCGGAGGGACGCUCUGUCGCCAAAAAAAAAAACCAACCUUCAGCACGAGGACCGUCCACUCAGCAGCGGGGACACGUUUUUCUACCUUAUCGAACUGCCGUAGCACAGCUGAGCCGCCAACACCGGAUGCAGACACACGCGUGGAUCAACCCAUUCCGGCAAAGGCCCGGGACUGGGAUCGAGACAAGAGGCUUCCUUUCCCCGCUGCCCGGCGUGGGUUAUCUACGAGUGAGUGUGUGUGUGGUGCACACUCCCAAUUUUCACCCAGAGUUAAAUGUGGGUGGGGAGGCCAGGCAAGGCACUGACACCCAUGGGUGCUCUCACCUAGCAGAACAAACUCCACGGUGUGAAGAUGCAGGGGCACGUUACAUUGGACAGUAAUGCAUUCCGGGUGAAUAUGACCCAGUGUGAUGAAACUAGGGUUAAAAAGCAGUCGAAUAAAAAAGAUAUGGACAGUCA